AUGAACCCGCACGACCCCGAAAAAGUAUACACGUUCGAUUCCGACUCUGAAGAUGCUGAUUACGUACCUCAAGACGAGGAAAAUAGUGAUAGUGAAACAGAUUUUACUACACAGGAGGCCGAAGAUAGUGACAGUGUAGAAAAGACUAAUAGUAACGGAAAACGUAAAAAAAGUACACGUUUGAAUCCAAUUUCCGAGAAUAAUACUAAAAGACCAAGGAUUCAAGAAACUUCAAACGACGAAAAAAUUUCUCAUAGAGAUCAAAAAAGCAACAUUGAUGCUCUAUGGGCAGAAUUUAACAGAGAGCCAAAAACCAGUGCUGACACGUUAUCAUCGUCGUCUUUAUCAUCACCAUCUAAAGAUGACUCGUAUACCACAAAAAAAGAAAUGACUACAAAUAUGAUUACAAUAACGAAGACUUUUAGAUUCGCUGGUGAAGAAAUAACGGAAACAAGGGAAGUAGACGCUGAUUCAGAAGAAGCAAAGAGGUUCUUAUUAGAACAAGAAAAAAAGCAUUCCAUUGACCAUUCAAAACAACAAGAGACUUUGUCUUCCUCAUCUUCAGAUAUAAAAACAGAUAAUGAUGACACUAAAGAACAACUAAAUAAUAGCAUUAAUAAUCUAAAGAAAUCAUCAUCCACGCCCACUUCAUUGUCGUCAACAUCAAACCAGUCACAAAGUAGAAAAGCUUCGUUAAUUGCAAGUUACAACAGCAAAAAGCCUAUACGACCAAAGUCCAAUUUAGAUCAAUUAGCUGCUUCAUUCAAAAAUAAACCCACAAAGAUAAAUACCCUUGAUAAAUCCAAAAUGGAUUGGAACAAGUUUGUCUACAAGGAAGGAAUUGCUGAUGAACUUAAAUAUCAUAAUAAGAGUGGGCAAGUACUGUGA